AGAGGCGCCGCCCUCCGCCGCGCCCCGCCCUCCGCUGCAGUGUGAGCGCGGGAAGCGCGUGUGUUUGGUGAUGGGCGAGUCCGUGGGAGAAGCGCGCUCUCUGAGCGACGAGCAGAUCAUCAACCGAUGGAGCUUCGACUACUACGUGUUCAAGGCCCUGAGCGCCUUCAGAGACGCGGACUACACGGCCUUCACACACUUCACCAGCAUCGUCGAGAGUCUGGUGGUCAGACCCGUCGACGGACACAGCGACAUGAUCGUGAAGCUGCGCUGCAUGCAGUUCCUGUCCCGGAUCAACAACGGCGACAAGCUCGAUCUGACGUUUGAGGAGCCCAAGACCCCUCUGGAGUCAGCUCUGAGUGUGCUGGAGGACAUCUGCAGGGACAUGAGCGUCCCCCCGCGAGAGAAGGAGCGUGUCCAGCAGGCCAUCAUCGAGACGCUGAUGGUGGUGUGUCUGCGCAGCGGGGAGUUCACUAGGGCCGAGGAGGUGCUGCUGACACACUUCAGCGACGCUGCAGACUCGGCCGGGAAGAGGAAGCUGUUUGAGAGCCUGGUCCGGCGUCGGCGCUCCUCUCACUCAGUGCUGCAGCUCAGCUCUUACUCUGACUUCAAGCAGGACAUGCUGGACUUCAUCGAGCGACUGUACCGCGUCCCGGAGCCCUUCCUCCUGCAGAUGCUGAGGCGCUCGGGACACCCCGGCGUCAGCUCUGAGCCCGUCACCUCGUCCUCACAGGAGCGACAGAAGGAUCAUGGCGGAGCGGUGCGUCUGAGUCUGCGCGGUCUGCGUCAGGUGUACGGCGUGCUGAGCGAGCGCUACGGGGUCAGCGUGUCCUUCUCUCAGCUGCAGCAGGAGCUGGAGCACCAGGACGAGCAGGAGCAGAGCCCCGAGCUACACCUGGCCCUGUCCGAGACGCCCCGGGACCCAGAGAGCCAGCCGCCCUACGCCGGGAUGACCAUCUCACGCCUGGUGCAGGAGGACGACAGCCAGCUGAGCGACCAGGGGCAGGACACACGCUCGCCUCACAGGAUCCUCGUCACCAGCGGCCCAGAGUCAGACGAGCCUGAGCUCCAGACGCCCGUCACACGCAGCCACAGCAGGUCCAGCAGCACGUCUCCUCACGACCGCUCUCCUGCUCGUCACACACAGAAACACAUCAGGAUGGUCCUGUCCAGUGAUGUGGAGCUGGAGGACCACGCCGCGUCUCCUCCGUCCAGAUGCUCCUCCAGACAGCAGCAGAAGAAGAAGAAGAAGAGUGAUCACAGUGAGUCUGAGUGUGUGCUGAUGGAGGAGGAGGACGGAGGCUCAGCUCAGGUCUCUUCUCCCGCUCGUCCCAGCAGCAGCAGCAGCUCUCCAGCCGUCAGACGCUCGGCCAGAGACACACCGAGGCAGAGCAGGAUGGUUCUGUCCAGUGAUGUGGAGCUGGAGGACCACGCUGUCUCUCCUCCGUCCAGACGCUCCUCCAGAAAGCAGCAGAAGAAGAGUGAUCACAGUGAAUCGGCUCUGGUCUCCUCUCCUGCUCGUCCCAGACGCUCAGACAGAGACACACAGAACCAGAGCCAGAGCAGUGAGUCUGAGUGUGUGGUGGAGCUGGAGGUGAAGGAUGGAGGUUCAUGCAUCCAGCACUCGACUCCCGCUCGUCCCAGCAGCACAGACACACAGAGGCACAGGAACAGGAGCGUGACUGUGUCCAGCGAGUCUGAGGAGCACAGUGAGUCUCCUGCAGUGAAGACGUCACGCCGCAGCUCUCCAUCCCCUGGAGGAGCUCACAAGAGGAGGAGGGCCAGAUGGCAGGACGUGUCCGGGACGCACGAGAACUGGAGCGACGAGGAGUCACUGUUCAGCAGCACUUCAGGUCGCUCCAGUAAGAAGAGCAGCAGGAAGAUGUGGACGGUGCAGGAGUCAGAGUGGCUGAAGGAGGGAGUGCGGCGCUUCGGCGCGGGACACUGGGAGAAGAUCCGCUCCUCCUUCCCCUUCACCGAACGCACCGCGGUCAACCUGAAGGACCGCUGGAGGACCAUGCUCAAGCUCAGGCUGGUGUGACCACACCUCUUUUAUCAUGUUUUAUACUCCACUUCCUGUUUUAAAACCACAUGUUCAGCUUGUUCCCUAUUAAACGUUUGUUCUGUUCGUGCA